CGGGGCGCGGCUGCGAGCCCCCGGCCCGGCCCGUCCCGUCCUCUCCUCGGGCGGCCAGGAGGAAGCGCCCCGGGCAGGGACGGGAGAGCGGCGCUGCCGGAGCGGGGGGAUCGGGAGCAGCACCGCGGGGCCAGCCGCGCCGGCAGAGCCGGGGGGAAAGAUGAGCUUGUUGUCAACCAUCGACACCAGCGCCGCGUCCGUGUACCAGCCCGCCCAGCUCCUCAACUGGGUCUAUCUCUCGCUACAAGACACGCACCAGGCCAGCGCCUUCGAUGCCUUCAGACCCGAGCCCUCCUCGUCCCAGCACCCCGACCUCGGCUACACCAAGAGCACCCCGGAGCUGAGCUCCUCGCUCAGCUCCAGCUAUCUCAACAGCUUCUUCCAGCUCCAGCGGAGCGAGGCUCUGAGCAGCAGUCUGUACAAGAGUGCAUCGCCUUAUGGCUCACUUAAUAACAUUGUGGAUGGGUUAAGCUCCCUCACUGAGCACUUCUCUGACCUAUCCCUUUCUUCAGAAGCCAGAAAACCCAGCAAGAGGCCACCUCCUAACUACCUAUGCCACCUCUGCUUUAACAAGGGACACUACAUCAAAGACUGCCCACAGGCUCGUCCAAAAGGAGAAGGCCUGACACCAUACCAGGGCAAGAAACGCUGCUUUGGUGAAUAUAAGUGCCCCAAAUGCAAGAGAAAAUGGAUGAGUGGAAACUCCUGGGCUAACAUGGGACAAGAAUGUAUCAAGUGCCACAUUAAUGUUUAUCCUCACAAACAGAGACCCCUGGAAAAGCCAGACGGGCUGGAUGUUUCAGAUCAGAGCAAAGAGCAUCCUCAGCAUCUGUGUGAGAAGUGCAAAGUUUUGGGCUACUACUGCCGCCGUGUGCAAUAAACCUUCGAAGUGGCCUCUUCCCAUCCCCAUCAUCCUUAAAGAUUCUCUGGCAGCAUGCGAUCCACAGCAACACAACAAAUCAAGAUGAAAGCUAAAAUAAUUGCCAAUAUUGCCUAUCUAAUAAUAUGCCUUACUAUUAAUAGAAUGUAACAUUUCUCCUGUGCGUGUGCACACAUGCAACAGGUAUUUACAGGACUAUGAUUUGUAUACAUAUAUAUGUAAUUGUAUAUAUAUAUAUGUACACACACAUAUAUAAAGUGUUAUUGAUGGUGUUCACGACAGAACUAUGGUUACAGGUUCUGCUGAUUGUUUACACAGACCCUCUAUCACAGCCAGGUGAAAUGAAGUACUAUUCAAGAGGCAAGGUAUUAAUAUUCACAAGGAAUAUAUGUUUUAUGUAUGGCUUUUGCAGAGGUUCAAUAACUGUGGGGCCACUAAUUCCAAGCACUCACCCACAACAUGAACCUUGUUCUUAUUAUAUGACAAGACAAAGGAAGAUGAGACAAGCCACAGCAUAAAAGGAGAAUUAUUGUUUUCCCAGUUUUGGAAAGUCUUAGAAUUUUGUGCUGCUGAUUUCUUGGACUUUUUCUAGUUGUUACCAUCUCUUGGGCAAGGCUUAGGCAAAAUCAUUUUUGCAGAACAUGGCAAAAAAAGUGAAUAAUUGUUUGAGGGUGUGAGUUUGGUAGAAAGGGAAUACCAUAAUGGGACCCAGAGCAUUAGGAAGGAUUCCAAGAGGUUUCUGGAGGAGAAAAAAUUGGCUUGCUUGUGCAACAGAUCCUUCUCUUGUCAUAUAAUCCCUGAAAUGGUCCCUAUAUGUGCAUGGCUUGUUCAUUAGGCCACAAACACACUAAAUUUUCUAUGAACAAGGGGAUAAGAAUACUUAAAAUUGUGUCUAAAACCCUUAAUUGAAAUAUUAGCCAAACUUACUAUUUAUAGUAGUUUUAAAGCCACUUUCUGGAAAUAUUUUUCUCCUGUUUACUACCAUAGACAUUUGUUAUUAUAUGAAACUUGUUAGCCAUAGGGGUGUUUUGAGGCAUGGAAAAACUCUGUAUAACCCUCCUUUUUUCUAUCUUCCUGAAGCACCUGCCCAGCUGAGGAGAAACGUAGGAAUGAUAUUUUGUUGUCCCAUUUUGGGUAGAACUUUGUGCAGGGUCAUCCUGCUGCAAAGAAGCAUCUCAUCAGGGAUUGGCAAACAUGAACUGAAAGUACCCCGGGACGGCAUCCUCUUUGUAUGUCUACAUAAGAGUACAUUGGCAAAAGGACACAGCAAGCAAUUCACUUGUAGCAUUCAGUAAAAAAGUACAGGGAUAAUGUUUGUUUGAGAUUGGGGGUUCUUUUACAUCAACAAUUUCUAUUUCUAUGAAGUUUCCUUUAGAGAGAUUGACUUGUGUGAAUGAUGCUUAGAGAAAAUAAAUAGUCGAGAAAAUACUUUAAAUCCUAAAUAACUUGAUGUGAACUAAAUUUGUUCUGAGGACUAAUUCUGUAUUGCAAAAGACAGAGGGGGGGUUUAUGCCAAGUGGUAGCAGGAUGUUACCAGUAUGUCCAGUCAAGCUCUUAUAAAGCAAGUUGAAAACUUAUUGCAAGCAUUCAUAUAGGAAAUGGGAAACUCUUUAGAAAUUUGCUCUAGUGUAAAACUCUGGCCAUUUCCCUGCGUUGCUCUAAGCAGGGCAGAAUUGCACCCGCUUAUUGUGGUGGGAGCAGCUCACACAUAUCUUACAAAUUUAUAAUUCAUGGGUAGGCCAGGCAACCCAGCCCACUGAUCAUAACAUGGAGCAAUGGAUAAGCAUUUUGACUCCUGGCUUCUGACCACAGCUCUUCCAUUAGCUCCCUGAUUUUGGGCAAGUCACAAGAUCGUUCCGGACCUCAGUUUCCCCAACUGCAAAAUGGGGAUAAUAAUACUUUAGUAUACCUACCUCACAGGAGAGUUGUGAGGUUUACUUAACAUCUCUAAGUAUUUUGGCAUCGCUGGAUGCAAUGUGCUAUGUAAUGUUAAAAUAGUAUUAACUGAAUUAAUUACUUGGAAACUACUUUUGCCCAGUUGGCAAUUCCAUCAACUAAAAUAGCUGCAAAUAAUAUUAUUGAAAGUAACACUAAUAAACAGUUCAGUUGCCUCAGUGAAGACAUGCAGGUUUAGCAUUUUCAAAUGCAAACGCAUUCUUUUGCACAGAGUCACAAAUUACCUUAGAGACAAAUUCUCUCAACAAAGAUACUAAUCUGUCUAUACAAAUAAGAAUAAGAAAAUACACAAGCAAAUCUAGGGGUGGAUUUUCUAAGCUUGACCUCUAGGAUUAAUCUCAAUAGUUUAUUUCAAGCAUGAGUAAUUCUGAAAGAGCAGCAUUCUAAACCAGAUCUAUUUUUUCCUCUUGAGCACUUAAUACUACAUGAGCAGAAAAAAAAAAAAAAAAAUCACCUU